CAGGCACAGAGACUGAGGGACCUGCUGCAGCUCGGUUGGCGGAGAGGGAGGGCCUCGCUGCCGUCGCUGCACGGCCGGUGCCGGACGGAGCCCCUGGACUCCCAGGAUCCUUGCCAGGGAGGAGACAGCCGUCUGUUGGGGCCUAAGCGUGGCUGGGGGACAGCCCGUUGGUCCUGGAAUGCCCCUACCCAAGCACAGCGAGCAGGAGGCUGAGAGCGUGAAGGCCGGCCAGGAGCCGUCCCCUGAGCCCCCUGAGCCGGGCACAGAUGUCGUCCCCGCAGCCCCCAGGAAGCCCAGGAAGUUCUCCAAACUGGUCCUGCUGACGGCCUCCAAAGACAGUGCCAAAGUGGCUGGGGCCAAGCGUAAAGGAGUGCACUGCAUCAUGUCCCUGGGGGUGCCCGGCCCCGCCACCCUCGCCAAGGCCCUCCUGAAGAUCCAUCCCGAGGCUCAGCGGGCCAUUGAGGCAGCCCCCCAGGAGCCGGAGCAAAAACGCAGCAAGCUGGACACAGACAGAAAAGCAGCUGGAAGGUUGGCAGGGCAGCCUGCUUCCAGUCCCUCGCAGGGCGGGGAGGAGUCCACCGUGUGUCCCAACACGCCCAGCGAGUCCCCGUCACCCUGACAACGGCGGCCGGCCUUGCUGGGUCAGUGAACUUGGCUGUGACUUCUCCCUGGGGCCCAGUCGCCACUGGUUUUCACUCUUAACAUUGUGUCAUUUUUUUCAGAUCAAGCAUAAGUUACUUCUGUAAGCAGAAAAAAAAAUUCAGGAAAGAGAAUAAAAGAAGCUGUACACUCCGU